AUGCGCAUCGGCAAUACCUACGACCCGGUCACGAAGCGCAUCACCUCUCUCAACGCCUUCGAUCCGCUGCUGCCCCCAGGCGGCUCUUCGCAGUAUCGACCCUGCGAUCGCAAGCCUGGGUGGCACACCGAUUCAGUCUACCGCAAAGAUGCACCAAUCGGAUCUCUGCUGUACUGCAGGCAGACACCCCCCGAAGGGGGCGCCACGUGCUUCGCAGACACUGUAAGUGCUCUAGCGGCUCUGCCGCUGGAAAAGCAGGAGAAGUUGAAGAAAUUGGAGUGUCUUUGCUCGCAGACUCAUCACGAUGCCAAGAUCAACAAGACUUCGCCGGACUUCCCGACGCUGACGCCGGAGCAGCGCAAGCAGAGCCCGGCGCAACGGGUGCCGAUGGUGUUGGAGCAUCCCUUGCAGAAGCGUUUGUCUCUCUAUGGGAUGAACGGUGGAACCUGCCGCGUACUGCCCAGAGAGGCCAAAGUCACUGACGAGGAACUGGAUCGCUACGAACUGGACGCCCUGGAGCACGAGUCGGUGCAGGAGGAAUGGAGGUCCUUGCUGCCGUUCGUCACGGACGCGCGUUUCACAGUGAAAUGGGAAUGGCAGGUCGGGGACCUGGUCCUUUGGGACAACCGCUGCACAAUGCAUUGCGCCACAGGCUUCGACCGCGAGCGCUACACACGGGAGAUGUGGCGCACCACCUUGACCAAGGAUCGCAGCGAUGCGGCCAAGCUCUUGGAUGCGAUGGUCUUAACCCACCGCAUUUGCCGUUUUGCAUGUUGUUCCAAGCAGUGGAUCUCCAAGCAGUGGACCUUUGCCCCGACGGAUCGCAAGAUUUCAGCCCUGGCAGCCCUGGCGUCCUCGCAGUUGGUGAGACAAGAGCAGCCGGUGGAGAGUUGGAAAAGUGCAGGCAGAUGGGCCACACAGGACCAGCAGUUCUACCGCGGCUGCUGCGGUGCCAGUCGCUACGCGCGGGGAACGUGUGCGGACGCACGCUUUUCAGAGUGUGAAAUGGCUAUUGGGCCUGGCAGUAGUGGGUUGGGGCGUCCGGCAUCUCAGGAGGUCACCCGAUUGUACCAGAAGCGACGAACGCAGAGGCCCCUUCGGAAAAGUGAGAUUCCUGAAGACUAUCGCGCAGCAGGGGUCAUUUUCUAUACUCUGGACAGAGCGAAGCAGCUUUGCAAGCUGCUCUUGGCGGUUGAGGAGCGUCGCGUGUCCUUCAGGGAAUUAGGUGUGGGUUCCGGCUCGGGGCAAAAGAGAGUUCUACUCUUUCCACAAGGGAAGCGAGAACCUGAAGAUGAAGGCGACUAUCUGGCCACGGCUCGCCGCGAAUUCAUUGAGGAGACCGGAGAUCCCAGCAAUUUGGCGCGACACCUGAAAGGUGAAUUAGGACGGACCUGGUACGUCGCCGCCAAGAUGGCCGUGGUCUUCUGCGAGGUGCCAUCCGAGGAAGCUACCAUGGACGCAUUCAAGGUGUCAGCUCCGGCGAAGCCGGCGCCCAAAGCGCGCAGGCAACAGGCCAGGAAGCAGGAGAAAGAAGCGCAUCAAAAGAAAGCACUGCCAUUGCAGCCUGUUUGGGUGGACGUAUCGGACUUGCGCAGUGCUAUGAAGCCAUCGGAUACAGGAGAGGUUAAGACUGAGAUCGGCCCGUUCUAUCUCUUCCCGGUCUCUCGGAAGUUCUUUCAGAUCGCGGAAGUGAGUCGAUGGCUAGGCUGGGCGGAUGCUGCCCGUUCGACCAGUCGCUACCGCGGCUACCGCGGCUACCGCGGACUGCGGCUGGCCAGGGUGCGCAAGGCCGCCGAGGUACCAGCCAUGCCCCUGGACCCCUGCUGUCCUAUGCACCUUGAGCACCGUCCUAUGCACCUUGAGCACGACGUGGCGAGGUCGCGCUCCGCGGAGCGCUCGGAGAGCCGCACCAGUUCAUCAGCUGAUUUGGUCUUGCUCUCAGAGAACGAAGUACAGCGCGCUUUCAAAGGGAGUGAAUUCACCUUGGAUGGACGGCGAACGGUGAUUGUUCUGCCGAACGAGGAGGAAGUGUUGGAAACCAUCGCAGAAGAAACGGCGACUUUGGCAUGUACGGCUAUCGAGGAGAAGGGCGCCUUCUCCUUGUGCGUUCCUGGAAGUUUUGGGCCCAAGGAUGGUAAGGACUUCGAAGGCGCCAAGCUGAUCGCCAAGUCCUUGCAGAUCUUGAGCCAGGAAGACUUGCAGUUCGACAAGUGGCACGUGUUCUUCGCGGGCGACCGUUUGGAUAGCCAGGAGUCCUUCCUCUUGGCCAAAGAAUGGAUCGACAGCAGCAAGAUCCCCGGCUCGCAGGUGCACCCCAUCCCUCAGCUUCCGGGGGCUGCGGAGGGAGCGGCCGCGCAGUACACGGCUGAGAUCUGCAUGCAGGAUGAGAGCGUCUUGAUGGACAGCGAGGAGGGCCUGCCCGCCCUGGACCUCCUGCUGUUGGACAUGGCAGCGGAUGGGACCGUAGGACGCCUACGGCCCGACUCGUCGGGGCCCAGGGAAGUGUGGCGUAGCACCAGAUUUGGAGUGGCCAUUGAAGUGAUUCUAGCGAUUUUGAUGCUGAACUGCAUUCUGCAGCUGCGAUGUUUAUUGCCACCACGGUCAACCUUGGCGCAGCUGCUGAUAUGGCCGGUGCAAGCGAUCUACACAGCUGAGUACACGGCCGUGCUCUUCGCCCCGCUGAUCUGUUGCUUGACGCUGUGGACCUGGCACCAGCUACAGCUGCCGGAGCACCAGGGCCCUGCCGGGCAGCGCAUUCAUCGGCUCUUGAAGAGUAGCCUGUGGAUCAGUUUGGUGGUGGUGGGCAUCACUGCUAUUCUUGAUUCAGAUCUUACGGUCCGAAUCGUAGCACUCGUAGUGUACCUGCCAGCUUCAACAAUUUCGCUGGUCUUCUCCGGCAAUCGCUUUCAAAGGACUCGACGAAUGCUGAGCACCUGGCGAGUGUUUUUGCCUUUGAUCUGCGAGUACAAACUCAUGUCUUGGUGGUUGCGCUUUGCAUCUCUAGAUCCCACAGAUGGAGCCUACUUCGCUGGCUUGCACGAGAAGUAUGCGCCCAAAGUCAUGAAUUUGCUGGUAAAGCAAGGAGGCAUUUUCGUGAAGAUUGGGCAGAUGCUGUCCUUGCUCCCCAAGGGUGUCCUGCCAGAGCCCUAUCUCCGGGAGUUCCAGACGCUGCAGACGCGGGUCCCGCCACGACCUGGGUCUGAAGUGCGGCAGUUGAUCUCGGAGGCUUUAGGCGAGCCUUUGGAGUCCGCCUUCUCCGAUUUCGAUGACGUCCCCAUCGGCUCUGCCAGCAUCGGACAAGUGCACAAGGCCACCUUGCGGCUUCGCGGCCUAGAGGUGGUGAUCAAGGUGCAAUACCCUGAAGUCUCCCGGAGCAUUGCAGCGGAUUUUGCCAACGCCGAACGUAUCGUUUGGCUGUUGGACAAGUCAAAAGUGGACGAUGCUCGGGAAGCGCGAAAGCAUCACUUGGAAGAGCUGGACUUCCAGCAGGAAGCCUCGAACCUGCUGCGUGUUCGCCAGGGCCUUUCUCAGAAGUUCCCGGAGGUCAAAGUGCCUGAGCCGAUUCUGGAGUUCUGCCGACCCACGGUGCUGGUGAUGACGCGUUUAGAGGGCCAUUCCUUGCUAGACGCUAUCAUGGACAUGGCGGAGGCCAUAGCGACAAUGAAGGGAAAGACCGUGGAGGAUUUAAUCGCAGAGUUCGCGCGCAGUAAUAAGGAUAAGGACCUUGCAUGGACCACGGGAAACCACGGGAAACCACGGGAACCCACGGGGAAUGGGCCUUGGAAGUUCCUGGAGUGA